AUGCAGCUGCCGCGGCAGAUGAAGCUCAAAGAGGAGAUCGAUGCGCUGCGACGACGCCAACCGCGCCAAAAGACAUCGGCGCCAGAGGCCAAUGAAGCCCUUAGAGCCAUCGCGACCGUCGUCGUGCCACCGGCGACGCUUCGGGACGAGAAGCUGUGA